CAUUGUCAGCAGAAAGGGGAUGGGCCACAGUCUCCAGGCUCCAGACCCCAGGCAUCAGGCUCCAGACCCCAGACUCCAGACACCAGGCUCCAUAACCCAGGCUCCAGACACCAGGCUCCAUAACCCAGGCUCCAGACACCAGGCUCCAUAACCCAGGCUCCAGACCCCAGACUCCAGACACCAGGCUCCAUAACCCAGGCUCCAGACACCAGGCUCCAGACACCAGGCUCCAUAACCCAGGCUCCAGACCCCAGACUCCAUAACCCAGGCUCCAGACACCAGGCUCCAUAACCCAGGCUCCAGACCCCAGGCCAGAGGGGGAAUCUACAUUGCCAAGAUGCCAGAUCAAGUACAAGAGCAAAAGUCGAAGAUCUCUGCCUCCCGUAAGCUCAUGCUUAAGAGCUUAAUGGUGGCCAAGGCGAAGGAGGAGAUCGAGCAGGAGAUAGCGGAUAAAGAGGAGGAGAAGGAGAGGUAUCUGGCAGAGCGAGCUCCUCCCUUACAGACUGGUGGCAUGUCCUUUGCUGAGCUCCAGGAGUUAUGUCAGGAGUUACAUGCCAAGGUUGAUGUGGUGGAUGAGGAGCGAUACGACAUUGAAGCCAAAGUCAUGCACAACACCAGAGAGAUCAAGGACCUGAACAUCAAAGUUCUGGACCUGAGGGGGAAGUUCAAGCGGCCCAACCUGAGGAGGGUGAGGGUCUCUGCUGAUGCCAUCCUGCGCUCCCUUCUGGGCUCCAAACACAAGGUCUCCAUGGACCUCCGGACAAACCUGAAGUCAGUCAAGAAGGAGGACACAGAGAAGGAGAAGACAGUAGAGGUCAGUGACUGGAGGAAGAAUGUGGAGGCCAUGUCUGGCAUGGAGGGCAGAAAGAAGAUGUUUGACGCAGCCAAAGGCCCCGCCCCAUAGACACAGAAGAGAAUACUAAACACUUGAUUACCUUGUUUCGUGUUUCUUUCAUUUUUAUUAGUCCCGGACAUUCAAAAUGUACGAAUGGUUGGCCUUUUUAUCUCUUGUGAGUGUAUCUACUUUGUCUUUCAGUGCCAUUAAUACAAUUGUUUUAUUCUUUGUUCAGCAUGGUUUAUACAGCACAAGCUGUAAGCUAAUCACAAUUUUAUGUUAUUUUGUUAUGGGUGAAAAAGGGCAUGAAGACAAUUUCUGCUCCUUACUAAUAAUAUUGGCCUGAGAAUAAAUGAUAAAGUAAGGUAAGCCAGCUUUACUUUAAAGCUGUAGAUGCUGUAGAUGUUUUGUUUGCUGUACAUUCAUCGUGGCAUAUCCUUCUACUACAAUAAAAAUAUGAUUAUUUAUGCAAA